CGACAGUGUCGCGAGCGCGCUGCUGCCUCCGUUCCGACACUCAGUCGGCUGGAGUCAAGAGUUGCUAUUUCUAGGUAAAUAGCCACAAAAGGCCACAAGACAAGAUAGAUUGCUAUCUCCAAAUAAAAGAAAACCAAAACCCAUGAGUGGGCAUCGGUCAACGAGGAAAAGAUGUGGAGAUUCUCACCCGGAGUCCCCUGUGGGCUUCGGGCACAUGAGUACUACAGGGUGUGUAUUAAAUAAAUUGUUUCAGUUACCAACACCACCAUUAUCACGACACCAACUAAAGCGGCUGGAAGAACACAGAUAUCAGAGUGCUGGACGGUCCCUGCUAGAACCCUUAAUGCAAGGAUAUUGGGAAUGGCUAGUUGGAAGAGUACCUUCAUGGAUUGCCCCAAAUCUCAUCACCAUCAUUGGACUGUCGAUAAACAUCUGUACAACUAUUUUGUUAGUGUUCUACUGCCCUACAGCUACAGAGCAGGCACCUCUGUGGGCAUAUAUUGCUUGUGCAUGUGGCCUUUUCAUUUACCAGUCUUUGGAUGCAAUAGACGGGAAACAGGCAAGAAGGACCAACAGUAGUUCUCCUUUGGGAGAGCUUUUUGAUCAUGGCUGUGAUUCACUUUCAACAGUUUUUGUGGUUCUUGGAACUUGUAUUGCAGUACAACUUGGCACAAAUCCUGAUUGGAUGUUCUUUUGUUGUUUUGCUGGGACAUUCAUGUUCUAUUGUGCACAUUGGCAAACUUACGUUUCUGGAACGUUGCGAUUUGGAAUAAUUGAUGUGACUGAAGUGCAAAUCUUCAUAAUAAUCAUGCACUUGCUGGCAGUGAUUGGAGGACCACCUUUUUGGCAGUCUAUGAUUCCAGUGCUGAAUAUUCAAAUGAAACUUUUUCCUGCACUUUGUACUGUGGCAGGGACCAUAUUUUCCUGUACAAAUUACUUCCGUGUAAUCUUCACAGGUGGUGUUGGCAAAAAUGGAUCAACAAUAGCAGGAACAAGUGUCCUUUCUCCUUUUCUCCAUAUUGGAUCAGUGAUUACAUUAGCUGUUAUGAUCUACAAGAAAUCAGCCGUUCAGCUUUUUGAAAAGCAUCCCUGUCUUUAUAUACUGACCUUUGGUUUUGUGUCAGCUAAAAUCACUAAUAAGCUUGUGGUUGCACACAUGACAAAAAGUGAAAUGCACCUGCAUGACACAGCGUUCAUAGGCCCGGCACUUUUGUUUCUGGACCAAUAUUUUAACAGUUUCAUUGAUGAAUACAUUGUACUUUGGAUUGCCCUGGUCUUCUCAUUCUUUGAUUUGAUCCGAUACUGUGUCAGCGUUUGCAAUCAGAUUGCAUCUCACCUGCACAUACAUGUCUUCCGAAUCAAGGUCUCCACAGCUCAUUCUAAUCAUCACUAAUGAUGUGGUUGUGUUCUAUAGGAAACUCAUGUUUUCUGCAGGAAAGAAUCCGAGCAUACUAAGGAAAAUGGGGGUGGAUAAGAACAAAUAUAAUUUAUAAUAAUCAAUGUUGUAUAACUUUUAUUCUUUGUUAUUGGUAAUGCUCCCUAACUAUCCUGUGUGAGAAUGGGGAUUUCAAAUCCUAUCCUGUAAAUUGAAUGUGUUAUCAAACAGGGUUUGACACAAGAAAGCAUGCAGCAGAACAAAAAAAAAAAAAAAAAAGCCAUGUGUUUGUGAUUAUCUUGGAUUCAUGGUGAACCUGUCAAAAGGAGCAGAUUCCCAGUUGUGGGUAUUUCUAAAGUAAAGUAUUUGCAGACCAAAAGAUGGCUGCUUUAUAAUUUUAACAAAUCAUCUUUUAGUAACAUCCUUGUUUAUGUCUUCUUGAGCUUUCUUUAGUAAGGAGCUCAGCUUGUGACAGAUAGAUCCCACUAGCUUGUGAGGUGAAAGAGUGAUAAAGAACUUGAAUUUGGAUUGAAAGGUUUCCUAUCUUUAUAUUGUUGAGGAAGUAAUUUUACUAUUGAUCAAGAAAUGGUGUUUCUCAUGGCCUUGAGAAAUUCUGUUAGCAUGCAGAAUAAUGUGGUAACUUUGUCAAUCCAUUUUAUUUUUUUAAAUAAAUAUAUGAUAUAAAAGCCA